AACCAGAUUUCUAUGGAUUUUCAUUUUUAGAUAUUUGUGAAAAUCAAAAAGAAUACAUCUUCCUAACAUUUAAAAAUGAGAAAUUAAAAAAAGUCCCAGAUGAAUUUAGAUGUGAAUUCAACAGAAUCCCUAUUAGGAAAACCAAGUAUGAAGGCAUAGAAUGUUUUGAAAUCUCUGAUAUCGGAGAAUACAUUUUUUUUCUAGAUGAUGAAAUUUAUCGUAAAUUAAUCACUCAUCUAUCUAUUCCUGUUUAUACAUUUUUAUUGAAUGAAGCUAAAUCAAGAUUCAAAGAAAAUUUCGAUUUACGUGGAAAUGAUAUGGAGUUAUUUAAUUUAUUAACUGGUACAAUAUACAAAUUCAACGAUGCUUCAAUAAUCUUUAAUAAAAAUUUUGAAGAAAUUAAAAAUCUCAUAAUUAACUUUAAAUACAUACCUUUUCCAUUUGGAAAAAGUAAUGAUACAAAACCUUAUCCUUCAAUAGACGGGUUUGAAGAUAUCAAUCAAAUGAAUAUAAUCACUAGAGCAAUCUUGAUAAAUCCAAUACUGAUUAAAUUUUGGAAAGAAACUGGAUAUCACGAUAUUUGCAAAGAUACUAAUACUCUAGUGAUACAAGCUGCGAUGAUCAUUCUUUUCUCUAAUCAAAAUCAUUCAAUCAAACCUGAUAAAACAUGUAUUAUUAAACGAUUUAAAGAACUUGAAAAUUUAGGAUUUAUAUUAAAUAAUAAUAUUGUAUUGGAAAUCUUUAUUCUUUUUGAAAAUAGGUUAGAGGAAAUUGGUGAUGUUUUAAUGAAAUCUUUUAUUGAUAUUUUUCAUGUUGAAAAAAUAUUAUUUCUAUCAAAUAUUCUAAUUGUAUCCUCUAAAUUCAAAAAUCAUACAAUAUUUACUUUUAUAUCAAGAUAUUUUUAA